CUGAAAGAUAGCCCCUGCAUGGCGGUCGCGCUGGAUAAGGACCUCAGGCACAGGGACAAGGUGACAGGCACUUGUCAAGCCAAUGGCAGGCUGCGAUUCCGAGAAAAAGCUCGCUCUGCUCGUGACACGAAACAUUUUAUCGCUGUCGCCGAGCCGUCAAGGCGAGCUGUCUCUAUCAGCUAGCCAGUCGCUCGUACCCUGUCCUCUUGGCUAAAACUGUGAAAGCAACUGGCUCUGUGCUUUCCCGCUGUGCGGCCAAAGUCCCUAUUUGAACCAGCAACUCUAGAAACUGAUCAGUCAGUUGAAUCGACCGUUAGGACGGUUCAAACUCACACAUCAUCAUCUCUCAACGGCAGCGGCGAACACGGUGCGACAGACAGCAUCCAACAUAUAAACCUCGCAGCUGACCAGACUAGAAGGGCAAUUGAACAGUGUUAGUGAUACAGCACUGAAGCAAUGUUCGUUGAGUGGCAACGACUAGAUUCGCUGGGCGAUGAGAUGCUGACGGGACCAAGUAGUGCAGAAUCGUCCCCGGGAGCGGCUGACUCCACCUCCUCCAACGGCGCAUUCUCCGGCGCCAGCGCUCACGACGACGACUUUCUGAUCGAGGCGCAGCAGAUUCAAUUACAGCUGCAAAUGGCCAGAAUGCAGCAGGCCUGUAUUGGUGGUAGCAGCGGUGGACUAGCGGCGGAUGGUAUCUGGCCAGGUGUGUAUGAUCUGGCUAAUAGUAUGGACACAGCGGGGGAUGGCUACUCAUCUCUAGGCUGCAGUAUGGAUGACGGCAGUGUGUCCAGCCUCAGCAACACUAGCCUAACGUCUGGCUCAUUGGACAUGGUCAGUAGUUGGGCAGACGAUGCCAAUGAUCGUUUUGUGGAGGACAUCCUGCGCAGCUCGCUGAGUGAUCCGAUUUCACAGGCGGCCUGGUGUAACGGUCUUCUCCCACAGUCCGUGUCGUCUCGUACGUCCAGUAUGAUAUCGUCCGGUGUUGAGGGGGAUGUGGACAUGCUAGAUUUAGGCAAUUUGGAUGUGGAUGUCUUUCUGCCCAGCGCAGCAUUUACUCGUCCGCCCAACCAUACCCCAGCAAUGACCUCUGUAGCUAUCACCGCUCAGUCGCCCGCCGCAACACUGGCCACCCUGCCACUGGCUACUCCACCGUUCGCGUCCCUGGCGACCACUUCGAAUUGCGUCGUUACGGCGCCGCAAACCGGUCCCGCGGCCGUUGCCAUGGCGUCGCAAUUUUUCCCAGGUCACGUGUCGUCGUGUGCAGGAGAGGCGAGACGUUUGACAGGAGGCAUGUGUGAGUCGAGUACCUUUGACAGCAGUACUGUCAACAGCCGCGGCGCUGUGCUGAGGACUACAGCAGCUGAUCACGGACAAACUUUUCCAUUGACCAACGCCAAGGAUGGGACCGCAACAGCCAAUGGAGCCACGCCCAUCAUCAAGACGGAGCCCAUGGCUAAUCCCUCACUGGCCACAGCAGAAGCAGAGGGAACACCCUCCACUGGCAACAAUAAAAAGAAUAAAAUCGCUCGACGCAGACGCUCCUCAUCAUCCAGUACUGCCAGUUGUUCUCGCUGCCCGUCCUGUGGACACGCGCAGAAACGAACCAACAAGAGCAGCAGCAGCAGCAACGGUAGCACUAGUAGUAAAAGUAAGGACAACAAGAAGAGAAGCAGCAGUCAGCAAGCCAUGGAAAGGCACUUGCAGCAGCAACAGCAGCAGCAGCAGCAGCAACGAGCAGCUUCAUCUUCUGUGCUACCACACAUGAUGUACAGUAAUGAGGGCGACGAGGAGCAGAUCAUGUCGGACUUGGACGUUGACGGAGACAACAGCAGCAACUCUUCAACUUCUCCACCGCCACUGAUGUCGCACGUAGCGUGUGCACCACCAGCCAUUCUACAGCAUAACCGUUAUCACCACCAUCACCAUCACCCCCACCACCAACCUCAUCAUCUUCCUCACCAUAAUCAACAUGAUGAUCACCUUCAGCCUCAGCCACAGCACGUUAGCCAGCUGCCUCACCCCGGUUACCCAUCCAGCCAGUACAGCAGUAGCAGCAGCAGCAACACCAGUGCUGUUGCUCAAAUGCCGGUCGCAUCCCACAUCGCCCAGACGACGAGGCAUGGCACUGACUCACCGACAGCGGCCCUGUCCAGUACCGCGGGCAGUGGCGAAUCGCCAGCCACUGCCGCUAGCAGUGGAGUAGAUAGUUUGAACAGGCAGCCACGCAGUGGUGGCGCUGCUGAUCUGCCGCCGGAGAGCAUCCUGACCAUUGAGAGACCCAUUGAUGAGAAUGACCAGCGCAGACAUCGCAGCAAUUACAUCAAACUGUACGCUUGCGUCUACCCGAACUGUACGAAGGUCUACAAUAAGUCUUCUCACCUGAAAGCCCACCUGAGACGACACACCGGCGAGAAACCGUUCGCCUGUACGUGGCCGAACUGCAAGUGGCGAUUCUCUCGCAGCGACGAGCUGGCGCGCCACAAGCGUAUGCACCUGGGCAUCAAGCCCUUCCUGUGUGACUUGUGUAACAAGAGGUUCAGUCGCUCCGACCAUCUCACCAAGCACCUGCGUAUCCACGCCCAAGUGUCGGGCACACCCAUGCCAACCAAGGAACCCAAGAAGAAGAGCGCCACAGCGAAACUCACGGAGCUGGCUGAGAACGCGCGGGUCAAGAUGCAGAAGGAGCGCACUGACCAGCCGCCACAGUUGGGCGGUGAUCCGGAGGACCACGCAGUUGGCAGCGGCGGACAGGCGGAGGUCGGCGAGCAAUUCCACUCAUCCAGCGAUGGCGAAGGCGAGGCUGCAAACAACUCGCCACUGGAGCAGGACGACGAGGAUAGGCAGAUGGAUUUCGCCCCUGUACCUAUCAAGGAUGAACUGCCAUACGUAGAACCAGUGCAGACGGCACACGGUACUCUCGUGCCACAGCGUGCAGAGAUCCUGAACAGGACACCAGUCACCAUUAUCUUCAAGAAAGAGGAACAGAGCAUGGUGGUACGGCCAAACGAUAGUAUCGACCUUCAAUCACAGUCCAGCCUCAUCUCCCACAGUCCGCCAGUAACAGCAUGAGCUAAACGAACACACGGUGCUGGCUGACCUGACCUGAAGCACAUCAGCAUAGACGUAUUGCUACUACACGGCGUCCUCUAUGAAUACUCCCUUUCUCAUUCAUUUCUGACACCGUAAAAUACGACCAAGAGUGGACUCUUGAUAUGACCUAUCCGGACAAUGUCAUGAUCAUCGACUGAUCGCUCAUGUAAUCGAAUGAGACGUCAUACACAUUGAUCUUCGUUGAUGCCAACCAUGACAUGACAUCGAUUGGUAUUCUUGCCAUGCUGAUUUUCACAUACAUAGUAUGCAUCCACGCAGCAUCCGAAGCAAAACACAAUCAUUGUACCUGCUCACCAGUGCACCCUAUUGCUCCCCCCAGUAUUUAAUAUCCUCUGGCAAAAUGUCCAAAAGAGAGCUCAUCUUGUAACACCAUCCAUUUCCAAAGCAUCUUUCUCUUGUGCACCAGAGUAUUACACUGCAGUAGACUUAGAGAAUACGUACUAGAGUUGACUUCAACACCUGGAUCUAUCUGAAAAGCAGCAAAACAAUA